AUGAAGAAGGAAGAAGAAGUGGCCGUGGCAUCAACGGUGGUGGAGUGGUUUCAAGAGGCGGAUUGGCAGCAACACGAAUCAGAGCAAAUCGAGGCGGCUUUGGUCAAUAAAUUGCGAAAAAUCUUGCAGGGCAGUUCUGAUACGAGAGACCGAGGGAGUAGUGGGACAACAAUAGGCCCGGGGUCUAGCGGCAACAACGGGAAUGAUCCGAUAAAGGAUAUGAAGGACUUGGCGAUGUUCGCAUUUGCUGAAAGCGCGGGAGAAGAAGCCGCGUUUCAUUUCAGCCUCGUCCAUAGUGGUGGACAGCUGAUUUGGGAUGGCAAAGAAAGCAAAGAUGCAUUUACACAAAAAAUCUCAAAGUUAAACGAAUCCAGCAUAACGCUACUCAGGUACCAUACCGCUGUUAUUGAAAGGAAAAGUUUCGACGCUGAGAGGGAUUGCCAAACAGUCCGAAGCGUGCUUUUCCCCGGCGAGAGGGUCAGAAUUCAAUUGCGCCGAACGCAUCAAGACGCUCUCGGGAAGGAAGGGACACUCAGCAAGGAAGUUGGGAUUGCGCACAAAGAGUAUGUGGAAGGCAUUGUUCGUGCCAUGUCUCCAAUCAACAUCGCCUUUAAUCUUGACUAUUCAAAGGGCCAAGCUCUAGUUAUCACCGGCGAAAGCGGCGCCGGAAAAUCCUGGUAUGCAAAACGUUACCUCUCGAGAAAGUUCAAGGAUGCAUCCUUUAUAUACUGCGAGCUUGGGGACGGUGGUGCCCUUUCUGGAUAUGAGCCAAAGGACCGCGUUUUGAGUUCAGCAUGCAGUCAUGCACUGGGAAUUUUGCAUCCACGAUCUUAUGCCGACCCCACGUACAGUGACCUGCUUGAUGCUGUCAGCGAAGUUUCCCGGCGUAACAACGAUGGGAGAAACGAUGCAGCCAUCAAACGAUUCGGUGAGCUUGUUGGAGCGAGAAUGGAAUCAAGCGAAACCAAGCGGUGGUGGGCAAGGUUUUCCGACUCUGAUGUCCAGGCAACAGAGACGCUGGAAGAACUUGUUGUCAUCAUUGAUGAGGCUGGAAAAGACCCAGAACUCGCCAGAGGACUUGUCGAUGAAGUGCGAGUGAUAUACAACAGAAUCAGGGCAAGGAAUAUGGCCAAAGACGUGAUGCUAGUCCUUGUCGGGUCUGGUCUGGAGCGAUUCAUUGAAUGUGUUGGUAUUGAAACUGACGAUAGAGCAUUCAAUGCCGAAUAUGCUUCAUUCGGCACGGAUCCGACCAAAUCAGGCGUCGUUGAACUUCGCGGUCCGGAUCGAGAGACGAUUGACAAACUUGGCGAGUUAUGUGGUGUCCCCGGAAAGAGCAUCCUUGGGGGGACGUACUCUCGAGUGCUGGCAACAAACACGCGAAUGCUUUUCCGUGGAGUCAUUCCUAUCUUUAAUUCAACAUUAAACACCUUCCGUCUUAAAGACCAGGACCUACAUGAACGACGGAUGAUCCUCGGUUCGACAAAUCAUGUUAUGGACGCAUGCGCUCGAAUUUACAUCGCACUGAAUGGUCUGCAGAGGCAUGAUCCAGAAACAGUGGAAAAGAAAUUGCAGAGUCACUUCCGAAUACUUUUCCAUGCCGAAGUAAAUCGAAUUGGGGAUACACUUGGGAACCCUGCCUAUGAAUCCCAACCGAAACUUUACUCAAGCGAGGAGUACAACUAUGCAUUGAAGUCCGGUUUGAUCACAGGCGAUGUCAUUUCGACAUCUAAGGCUUUGCGUUAUCUUGCAUGCAAUGGCCAGACUGCGCCGUUAGUUGCCGAAGACGGGAUCAGCUUUGAGGAGAUCCUGCAGCAUCAUCUUGCGCGACUUGCAGAAGCGAAGUGGGCACUGUGCCAAGCUAAUGCGAAUAGUCAAGAGGAAAAGAAGAGGCAGUACAGAUGUUGCCUGCAUGGUCUAGUGCAAGCUUGGCCCCCGUCGUCAACGAAAAGCGACAGGGAUCUGACCACAGAAGAUUUUGUCUCAAAGGAGGUGGAAUCCAGGUACAAGGGCGAGGCUGAUAAAGAAAGAGUCGGGAAGGACGUGGAAUUGAUCGCAGAAAAAGUGGCAGACCUCACCGAUUUCGAUGUAGUCAUCCGACAAACCGUCAGCACCGUUCAAGGUGCAGACGUAAUGGUUUUGAGGAAAAGAAGGGACGAAAGUGCUUUCCUUGAUUUGUACCAAGCGAAGCAUUAUGCAAGGCCUCCCUCUCGUCGUUCGAAAAUGACGAAAGAAGCCUUUGCUUCUCUGGGGGUGAGGUACGAAGGAAUAAGCCAUGAGCUGGACAUCAGCCCAAAGACAGGGUCCGCCGGUUACAGCCACAAGGGGAUAGACUUCUUCAUCUCCGCAUUGAAAAAAACACUUGGCUUCCAGGUGGAAUUUGGGAAUCGCAUUGUCGCGUUCUCCUGUCAGUGGGAGAGCUUCGUCAAGAGCACCACAUGGAAGGACUUUCCUUUUGAGUCGGCCAGCGGCAAUGGGGUUUUUGUUUGGGGGAAAGAAAUGAUGGAGCCGACGAUUUCUGCGUUGGAGAUUUCUGGGACCGCUGAAGAGGAUGAUGGCAAGGAUGAUGAUGAGGACGGCGAAGUGGCGGAAAAGGAUGAUCACACUGGCAAUAAAAGGGGUGGCAUUGUGCAAACUGAUGACACUCAAGCAAAGAAGACGAAGCACAAUUAG